UUAGUUACUAAUGGUAGUUUCCUGUUUAGAUUGGCGAAAUCUGUCUUAGAAAGAGGGAAACAUGCUUGGAUAAUUUGUUGACGAUGGUCUGUUUUCCUUGACUUCGUCCACCAUGUACAUCGUCAGCAAGAAAACUUUGACGAACGUGCUUAAUUUUAUUCUGUUGGUCAUUGUUCUUCUGUCCUGGGUAUAUGUGAUCGUAGCGGGUCGAUACGCAGGACUGUUGUACCUAGACAGACACUAUUCCUGAUACGAUGGAGAUAAUAAAGGACAAUGCCGCAAUGCUCACAAACUACGAAGUGCUGACACUGUUGUCAGAUAUCCAGGCUGGACGGGGACAGAAAAAGCCAGAUAAAAGUUUACAACAAUUAGCAACUAUUACUUACGAAGCUGUCAAAUAUCUUGAAGACAAACCUUGUAAAACACAGUCUCCAGAAAUUAUUGAACAGUUCAUGAAAGAUGUUCAGCCGUAUAAGCUAACAAAAUCUGAAAAAGUUCAGUUACUGAAUCAGUAUCCGUCCACUGCUGUUGAAAUCCAGUUAAUUGUGGAGGAGAGUGAGGAACGGCUAACAGAGGAUCAGAUUUAUGAACUUUUGGAAGUGAUAGGAAAAUACAGGCCAAGUGAAGCUUUGGAAGAAGGUGAGGGCGAGGAGGAGGAGGAGGAGGAUGACAUGGAAGAAGGAGAAGAAGAAGAAAUUACAGGACAGGAAUAGAUCUCUAUACAUUCUACUCAAAUUAGGUGAAAAUCAUGCUAGCAGCAAAAUUAAUAAUUGCAUUUUUUACUGUAGAUAAAUUGUAUUCGUAUUUAAGAAAUCAAUUUAUUUUUUCAUAUUGCGUCAUGUAAUAUGUUAAUGUAUAUACCGACUUUAAUAAAGUACCUACAUAAUAUU